AUGGGCGACGAUAGAUACUAUACUCUGGCCGAGGGCUGUCCCUUCGCGAAUAGCAGCACAGCUGUCCUGAUGCAAGGUAGGCAGGGCGGCAGCCUCGGGUUACUGCAAGAUACCCAGCUCAUCGAAACCCUUGCUCAUUUCUCUCGGGAGAGAAUUCCCGAGCGUGUCGUUCACGCCAAGGCUGUCGGAUCAUUUGGUGAAUUCGAAGCCACACGCGAUUGCUCUGACUUCACCAGCGCCCAAUUCCUCAACACAGUCGGAAAGAAGACACCCGUGCUGCAGCGGGUGUCAACCGUUGGGCCCGAGUCCGGAUCUGCCGAUACCUCCCGCGAUGUGCACGGAUGGGCGAUGAAGUUUUAUACCGAGGAGGGAAACCAAGAUUUUGUUUUUAACAAUACGCCUGUCUUCUUCAUUCGUGAUCCGAUCAAAUUCCCGUCUAUGAACCGUUCUCACAAGCGGCAUCCUCAGACCCACCUCCCCGACCCGAACAUGUUCUGGGAUUUUCACGUCGGCAAUCCUGAGGGUAUUCACCAACUUCUGGUUCUGUUCAGCGACCGUGGCACGCCUAAAUCAGUUCGCUACAUGAACUCUUACAGCGGACAUACAUACAAAUUUACUCAGGCUGACGGCUCGUUCAAAUAUGCCAAAGUCCACGUCAAAACGCAGCAAGGGGUUGAGAACCUCUCCUCUCAAGAGGCCACCAAAAUCGCCGGGGAGGAUCCUGAUUUUAUGAUCCGUGACAUGUUCGAAGCAAUUGACAGAGGCGACUAUCCUGUCUGGAAUGUCUACGUCCAACUGAUGAGUCCCGAAGAGGCCGAGAGGUACAAGUGGAAUAUCUUUGACAUGACUAAGGUUUGGUCGCACAAGGAUUUCCCUCUGCAGCAGAUUGGUCGACUUACUAUGAACCGCAACCCACAAAACUACUUCGCCGAUAUCGAGCAAGCUGCAUUCUCGCCCUCGACAAUGGUCCCCGGAAUCGCUGCGUCCGCUGAUCCAGUGCUGCAAGCAAGACUCUUCGCAUACCCCGAUGCAGCCCGCUACCGCCUCGGUGUCAACUACCAGCAACUCCCCACCAACGCCGCGAAGGCGCAAGUCUACUGUCCCUUCCAGCGUGACGGAGCCAUGCGAUUUGAUGGUAACUACGGUGGCGACCCCAACUACGUUGGCUCCUCGAUCAAACCCAUCAAGUUCUACCAAGACCAGAAGGGAAUUCGCGCUUCUGCACUGGCCCUACACACCGAACACGAAAAGUGGGCAGGAGAGGUGUCCGCCUAUACCAGCGAGAUCACUGACGAUGAUUUCGUUCAGCCCGCAGCGUUGUGGGAAGUUAUUGGCCGCCAGCCUGGUCACCAGGAUAGAGUCAUCGAGAACCUCGUCGGUAAUAUCAAGGGUGUUAAGUACCCUGAAUUGCGUAAGGCUGUCUAUAGCCUCUUCGGACGUGUCAACAAGGAUCUCGGUUCUAAGUUGCGGCAGCGCACAGAAGCAGCGAUCCAGGCUGCGUAG